UGCAAUUAUAUCUCAUGAGGAAAUUUUUAAAAUCCUUUAAUUGCGUCCAAAAAUUUUUGACAUGUAGUAAAUUUAUAUAAUUAUUAUAGAGAUAUUAUGUUUUACAUUGUGUGAUUUAUUUAAUAAUUUAUCACUCGAUAAAAAUCAUUCGUUGCCAGUUAGCACAACCUUCGCUCAAUUCUGUCUUGAAAUUUAUUCAAAUUUAGCUAUGCCGUUUUAGAUAGAACUAUUCUGUGUGUGAUCAUAAACAUGUUUACAUACUAUUUAUACUUCUUGUAUCAAUUUAGAUGUCCGUAUUCCUUCGCCGUGAUAAGAUUUAACUACGAUGAUACCGAUAUGAUUCCAGCGCAAAAGCGUUGUUUUAGCGGUAAUAACAAUUAAUUAUACGGAUUUCUUCAUAUUUACAUUAAAAUCGCUACACUUCAAAAUGCAGAUAUUUGAAAUAAAACUUGGCACCCUAUUCCUUCAACUAUUUCUAUGUGGAAUGAUAUUUACUACUGUGAUAACAUAUACACCAUCGGAAGAUCGGCCUACUGAAACUAAGCCAUAUAGAGAACUUGGUUAUCGUUUAUCAAAAGAUGUAAUGCCACGGCACUAUAAUAUCAAGAUGAGAUUUUUUUCAGAAACGAGUUAUUUACAUGGUGAAUGCGAAAUUGAUAUUGAAAUUUUCAAAGCAACGUCGAAUAUAAGCUUACACAGUCCCGAUACGAUUGGUGAAAAAAUAAUAAAAUUAGUUAUGAAGAAUAAUGAGACAUAUGAACGCAUAGCUGGAGAAGAAUGCAGGAACAUUUUUGGAAAACAUUCGAUCCAGGAGAACAUUCUAGACCUCUGUUUCAAGUACCAGCUAUCUCCUGGAAAUUAUACUCUGUCCAUAUCAUACGUUAUAUAUAUUGGUGAAGGCAUAGGGGAAGGUUAUUUUAACAUUUUAUUUCAGCCUGAAGCACGUAAACAGUAUAGAUUGUUGGCAACAAAUAUUCAAUCUAUUGAAGCUCGAAAAUGGUUUCCGUGUUGGGACGAGCCGGAAUUUAAAGCAACAUUUCUAAUUAAAUUCAAUCAUUACAAGAAAUAUAAGAUAUGGCCAAUAUGGCCAACUACAAGGUUUAUACUAGAUAAUCAUACUCAAGGCUGGGCAUUGACAACUUUUGUCAUUCCAUAUCCAAUAUCUACAUACCAUGUGAUGUUUACACUAACUGAUUUAGAUCUUGCAUAUAUAUCUACACAUAGAUAUACAUAUACCUCUGACGAUGAAUAUGAAGAUAAAAAUAUAUCACAUCCUACAGCAACCGAAUCUUCUAAAAUAAGAGUGUUUAGUACAUGGAGUAGACGUGGCGUGGCAAAUUUUAUGAACUUUGCAGAUAUCGAGAUUAGGAAGAUCAUAGAAUCUGACUGGUUUGGCAAAAUUCCUAUAACUGUUUUGGAUAUAAAUCUACUUGCAAUUCCGGCUAUGCCAGAGGAUGCCAUCGGAAAAUGGUGGCUCAUUCUUUAUAAAGAAUCGCUUGUUACUUAUAAUGAAAUAUUAGAUAGCAAUGUCCACAAACGGGAGAUAGCACGCACAGUAGCACGUGGAAUAGUAUAUCACGAGAUAGAUAAUGCAAUAACACUGUCGUGGUGGUCUGACUUAUGGUUCAAAACAGGACUUGCCGCUCUUCUUCAUGUGGAAAUUCUAGAUGAGAUUUUUCCGAAAUGGCGAUUUCUAGAUUUGUUCGUGGUUCAAGUUCAGCAAGACUGUCUUCGUGUCGACACACAGUUUACUAUGAAGCCUCUUUCAUAUGAAGUCCGAACACCAUCAGAAAUUAAAUCGCUUUUCUCUUUCCCAAUUUAUGUCAAAGCACCUGUCAUAUUGCGCAUGUUACAACAUAUUAUUAUGGACUACGAGUUUCUACACAUUAUCAAGAAUUAUACGGACACGUACAAGUUUCAGUCUCCUAGUCUUAAUCAUCUAUGGGAUUUAAUGCAAAAUAAUAUGGAUAAUUCAAAUCUGAAAAACUAUACCUUGAAAAAUAUAAUGGAGACUUGGAUAACAAGAAAUAAUCAUCCUGUUGUACAUGUUCACCGAAGUGAAAACCUACUGUCAAUAUCUGAAAAUUACGUCGAUGAUAAAGGCGCUUUAGCUGGGCCAGCGUCACCUAACUGCUUACCUAUCACUUUCACUACAUGGAAGCAAUUAGACUUCAAUAACACAGUCCCUUAUAAUUGGAUACUUCCGGAGGAAAGCAGUGAAGUACAUGUUCCACUUUCUGAUAGUGAUGGGUGGAUUAUAGUAAACUUAAAGCAAACAGGAUACUAUCGUGUGAGAUACGAUUACACGAGCUUAAAGGCAAUUACAGACUAUUUAAAUCAUAAGGAGUAUGAGAAGAUUCAUGUUAUUAACCGUGCUCAAAUCAUCGAUGACACAUAUUAUUUCCUCAUGAAAGGAGAAGUUACAUACGACAUGUUUGCGUAUCUCAUUUAUUACUUGCGGCAAGAGAGGGAUUACGUAGCAUGGUACCCAAUGUUCCAAAUUUUUAGAGACCUAUCGCGUUUCUUACCAUUUGAAGAGAGCGAACCUUUAAAGAAAGAUAUGCGCUUUAUCUUGCACGGUUUGCUCGAAAACUUAACAUACAACGAAAAGUCCGAUGAAGAUGAUCUUACUAAAUGGUUGCGCAGAGAGGCUGUAAGAUGGGCAUGUAUUUUUGGUGAUACAGAUUGUGAAGAAAUUGCGCAAUCUAGACUGGAGAAACACCUAAAUGAUCCUACAAAUCACAAACUUUUGCCGGAAUGGAGAGAAUGGACGUACUGUAAAGGUGCGAUGAUUGCGGAUGAAUACGUUUUGCUGAAGUUGAAAGAAGUACACAUAAAUGAUUCAAAAGUGUUUGAUUAUAUUUCAUGCGCUGGAAAACCUCAAUUUGCUAUCGACAGUUUCUAUUAUUCAUCUCCUAGCUGGAAAGACAAAUAUCCCAGUAUUUUCCAUUAUGCCAUCCUUGUUGAUUAUGCAGUGGAACAUGUAGCCGCAAUCAUACGAAUUCUAGAGGCGUACAAUGUUUCAGAGUUCGACAAAGCUAAACUAGUAUUUAUUAUUAUAAAUCGUUCAUUUUCUGAUGAUAAUCUUCAGCUGAUAAGCAGAAUCAAGCAUAAUUAUUUUAAAUACUUAGAAAGAAAUGAAUAUCUUGAUGAUGUUAUCAGAAGACGCUUGCGUCAAAUCGAGUACCAGAAGGACAGACUUGUGAAGUUAAAAAUAAGAGACAGAAACUAAUUACUUAAAUAUGUCAGUGAGAUAUACAGCUAUAUGUUUAUGAAAUUGUAUUAUAAAUAUUUCUACGCAUAUUGACUUAUACUUAGAUAGUGUUUAACAUAUAUUAUUCAAUGUGUUUAAAUUUUUACGUUAAAUUUAUAUUUCAAUACAUUUUUCUAGAUAGUAUUACUUGUGUUUAGUAUUAAUAACGUUAUUAUUAUUAUUAUACUGUCUGUUAUAUGUCAUUACUUUCGCUUUUACUAUAAUUUAUAUUUAUAUUACCGUACAUUUUGUUUUUCUUAUAUAACAUUGUUCUAAAUAUACAAAGUGAGUCAGUAAAA